AUGACUCCAAGGACGCCAAAUACAAAGACCGCUGGAAAUACGGCUCGAAGUGGAAAAUCCGGCCGAAGGGAGAAGCGAUGGAUUCCUGCCGCCGCGCAAGAUAUCCCACCUAACGAUAGCCCGAAGGAUACCCAGCUUACGACACAUGCCAGGAUGUAUGCGAUGGGAAGCAAGUACUUUGUCGAAAGCCUCAAGUCCGCCGCCGUUGCCAAGUACCUUCAAGCAUUCGAGAAAGAAGGCCCAGACGCCAAUGACCUGGCCGUCGCGAUUUCCAUCGCCUUCAACACAGGCAGCGAUAGUGAUUGUGGCAUGCGAGACUGUGUGUUCGAAUCAGUUCUGGAAGGAGAACGCGAGUUAGCUACACACAAAGCCGUCAAAGAGGCUAUCGCAACAAUUGACGGGUUGGCCUUCGAUUUGUUGGUCAGAGGCUGUUGGGGCGGACCACGACAAAAGGGGAAAGGUGCCGACCCAGCAAGGUCGGAGAAAAGAGCAACAUGUUCGGGGGAGUUUUUGGCAAGAAACCCGCGAAAGAAGCGAAUGAGACAACGGCACAGGCUGAGAGUGAUGUGUCUGAAUCCGAAAGCGAUGAACGAUCGAUUUGACGCGAAGUCGGGCUGCACGAGUGUCGACGGGCAAAACGACAGAUGCAAGAAGCAGAUUGGAGAAGAUGUUGGCGCAAUUGACAUAAACGGCAAGCUUUCCUCUGUCGUUGGUAGCAUACAGUCAUGUCGCCUUUACAAGGUUGGCGCAGAGACAGUGCGUGAUCAUCUGAAACUUGAUGUUGAAGACGUGUAG